AUGGCAACGAUGUCGAUCGCUGCCGACACCGAUGUCCGACUGCGACCGACUACGGCGUAUGCCUUACUUGGAUUGCGUACUCCGGGAAUCGUUACGUGUCCUGGACUAACACUUGAAGACAUCCGGGAAGAAGUGGACACUUUUAUGUUUGCCGGACACGACACCAGUGCCCUAUGUAUGUCGUGGACACUGUAUCUGUUGGGUCUGUAUCCCGAUGUUCAGCGCCGUUUGCAUCAGGAAUUGGAUGCCCAGUCUAUCGUUGCCGACACCGAUGUCCGCGGCGACCAACUACGCCGUAUGCCUUACUUGGAUGCCGUACUCCGGGAAUCGUUACGCCUGUAUCCGCCGGUCAUUAGGCGCGACAUACGCCAGGAUCUAGCGAUUGGCGGUCAGUAUACAGUGUACCGGCCGGUUCGGCGCUGUUUUUUUAUCUGUAUAGGACGUAUGCAUUUUGGGACAGUCGUGUGUCCUAACCGGUACGAUACGCUUGAGUUCAAACCCGAGCGCUUUUAUCGGCACUACUAA